GCGUAUACAAGAAACGGUCUCGUCCUGGACAAGCCAUUCCAUGUAUUUGGAUCGUAUAUAUACCUCCUAAUCGUCUUUGUUUUUGGACCUAUGCUUCUUGUUUUCCUUGUCUGCAGCCUAAAUCUUUGGGGAAAAGAAAUGCCUGCAACAGAGUACAGCUCAUCCUUUCUUGGACGAAUCACCAUCCGCCGGAACCAGGUGAUUUCCAUGGACGGCACCCAUGAGCUAGAGCUUGAGGAUAUUGAGGUUUUCAAAAAGAACGUAGCUGAUCGCUUCACUGAUUUGCUGUCUCCACCGGAUGAGGUAAUCUGCACUGAACCUUUGAUGUCCAUUUCCUGGCUUAGGAAACUUUUGGAUGUGUUCUUGUCCUGCGAGGCCGAGUUCAAAGCUGUUUUUAUCAUGGGUCGUGACCCAUCUCAAAUCUGCAAGCCACCGUUGGAUCGAUUGAUUCCUGAGUUCAUGGAACGAGCUGUUAAAGCUCUAGAUAUCUGUAAUGCAGUGUCCAGUGGGAUUGAUUCCGUACAACAGUGUCAGAAAUUGGCUGAAAUCGUAGUCUCUGCUUUGGAACAGAAGCCGAUAGGUGAGGGGCAAGUGAAUCGAGCAAAAAAGGCUUUGAGUUCCUUGCUAACUGCGAUGAUGGUUGAUGAUAAAGAGAACCAUUGUAAGGGUGCCGAGAGAACGUGGUCUUUUGGGAGAAGGGGGAAUACUGCAGGUGCUAGUAAGGAGCGAGCCACGGGCAACUUUCGAUCUCUAUCAAUGAUCGUGGCUAAAAACUGGUCUGCCUCUAAGCAGAUUCAAGCCAUGUGUUCCAAUCUUGUAGCGCCUCGAGGCGUAGAACCCACAGGAUUGGCUGCGCCUGUUUAUAUAAUGAGCACUGUUAUGGUGUUUGUAAUGUGGACUCUAGUGGCUGCAGUGCCGUGUCAAGAUAGGGGUGGCUUGGCUUCUCAUUUUCAAAUUCCCAGGAACUUGGUCUGGGGACAAAGCAUGAGUGGGCUGCAAGAGAAGAUUGCGGAAGAGUGGAAGAAAAAGGAGAAAAAAUGUUCAGCUGGGUUGCUACAGGAGAUGCAAAGAAUGGAGAUGUUGGGGCAGAGCUUAUUUGAAUUUGCUGACGGGUUCCAGUUCCCGACGGAGACACAGAAGAUGGAUGAAGUGAGGACACAGGUGGCAGAGCUGGCAGGGAUUUGUCGGAGAAUGGAAGAAGGAUUAGUACCUUUGCAAAUGCAAAUUAGAGAGGUUUUUCAUAGGAUUGUUGGGAGUAGAUCACAGGUUCUUGAAUUGGUGGAUGCUGAUAAAGUUUCUCAACUUGUAGUAUAACUAUAGCACGCAGAAUUUGGCUUAAUUUUGUGCAGAACAGCAGUCUUCAAGGAAAAGUUUUGGGUUAUUUAUAAUGUCUGGUUCAAAUUGUUCAUGGGUAUAUGGACAUGUAAAUGUUAGAACCUUAUCGCUUCUAGUGUGCAUCUCUAAUUGUUGUUUUUUUUUUUUUCAAUUUAAUUUCUAAUGUUCUCGAAUAGAGAAAUGUAAAUAGCUAAUUUAAGGUGUUUAAGCUUUUUGGUUUUUUUUUU